AUGCGUCAUCCUGCCGAGCGAGCUAAUCACACAACAAGACUAGCUUCAUAUUAUAGAGCCUGUUUGGAGCCGCGUUGUGAGAGCAAGCAAUGCCGUAUUCAUGGCAUCGCCCAUGUCACUUCGUACUAUUCUGACGCGGCGUACUUUCCGAAUAGGUUUUGGCCAGCUUUCUACUGCUUAAUGAGACUCGCCGCAAUACUACCGGACGUAACGCCCUUCUGCACGCCCAGGGCUCUCCCCUCAGCAAUAUAUCCCUCGCUGUUUUGCGAGUACAAAAGUACUCUAGCCCAGAAGGAUCUCUCCACCACUCUUCAGCGCACUUCCACUAGAGUCUUGCUCACUCUGGUGGUUAGGCCUGAAAAUCGAACAUGCCUCCAACCGCACGCUUACGGUAAUCAUCACGGCUAUAAUUUCGACUACCGCUACAAUUUUCACCGUUACAGCUUUCUUUUUUUCGCACCCUCUCGCUCACAUCUGAACCAGCGAGAAUCCGCGCUAUGA